AUCGCAUUUGAACAGCAAUUUAUAGAGAUUCGAUGUGCUUUGGAUGGACAUUUACAACAAGUGAUUCAAGAGAAAAACGUUUGUUGUUUACAAAAUGGUCACAAAUCCAGAGAGUUUGUUAUUUUAGGCACCAUGUUGGAUAAAACCAAUCCAACUUAUCAGCAUAUAUUUGAGCUGCAACCGAUUGGAGGCUGAUGUCAUCUCACUCCCACUCCUAUUUUGUUUACUAUUUAUUAUUAAAUUCAAUGAUACCCCCACCUCACCCCUUUUCUCUCUCUCUUUUUAUUACUUAAAUACUAAUAAUGGUUAAAUCACAAUUAUCUAAUAAUAAAAAAAUCUUGCAAGCACAAGUCAGUCGUCUAAAUAAUGAAAUCGAAGAACUGAGGUUGGAACGAGAAGAGUCUAAAAAGAACGUACUUCACUUUAUGCAAGAAGCUGACUCUACACGACAAGAACUAAAGAAAGCACAGCAGCUCAUUGAUGAGUUUUCGACAUGUCCCUCUUCUCCACCUCCAUCCGAAGAUGGCGACCACCUACCAGAACGCCCUAAAUUGUCCCUGUUGCUAUCUAGGCUAAGCGUGUUGGAUGAAACAAGUAUCGACCGGCUCUUCCAGUGGCUAGACGUGCCGCUAGAUGAAACUAUGGCGCAACUAGAAGCCACCAAAGAACAAAAUAUACAAAUGGCAGAGGAACUGGAUCAAUUAAGGGUAGAAUAUCAGGUCACCAAAAGCACGCUUAAAGUAGAGAAUGAACGAGCGGAAAUCAUUGAGAAACGAUGGAAGGAAUCAGAGAGCGCACUUGAACAAGCAGAAUCUACCAUCCAAGCACUCCAUCGUGAUUUAGACUAUUUCAGACAACAGCAGCAACAACAGCAGGAAUGCAACAGCCAUAAGCCGAUGGAUUCUAGUUUAUCCGACAUUUUAUGCACGCUUGAAAACAAGCACCGCGAAGUCGGAGAACAAUUGAUUUUAGCUAAUGUGAAUUUAAAAGAAACAACCGCCGAGUUGCUAGGAUGGCAAGAAAAACAUGGGCUUUUGUUUGAACAAUAUACACAAAUGAAAAAUAAACAAUGCACGGAAUUGGAAACAAUCAAGAUCCGUGAACAGCAUUUAAGAACGGCCAACAAGACACUAAGAGAGGAAAUUCGGCGUGUGAAUAAAGUACAAGAAGAAAUCAUUAAUAUUGAAUAUCUUCGAAAUGUGAUUAUUAAAUUCCUGGAGAGACGAAAUACAAGAGCCCAAUUGGUUCCAAUUUUAUCGACUUUAUUACAAUGUUCUCAUGAUGAGCAAACAAGACUAAGUAAACUUAUUAAAUAAAACAUUUUAUCCUUCAAAGCACCAUUCGUAUUGUUUCGCCAAGGCCUUCUUUUUGGAUCGUAACUUGGAUAUUUG